AUGCCUCAACUUGACACAUCAACAUGGCUAAUUACAAUUCUUUCCAUAAUCCUAACCCUAUUAAUUGUUUUUCAACUGAAAAUCUCAAAAUUCAACUAUCCUUUAAACCCAACAAUAAAAAAUAUUAAUAAAGACCUAUAUACUAACCCCUGAGAAACUAAAUGAACGAAAAUUUAUUUGCCUCUUUCAUUACCCCAACAAUCGUAG